GGGCGGAGGGGGUGGUGGCUGGGAGCUUCUCCCGCGUCCGCCAUUUUGUUGCUGUGGCUCUUGGGAACCGGCUAAGCAAAACCACCCCUGGAGGCGCGACGCUUCUUGGAGUUCGGUGGUUGGUGUGGCUGCUGGGGUCGGUGUAAAGCCUCGGGGGUGCGGAGCCGGCGCGUUUCAGGCCUGGAGUGAGCGGAGGAAGGCGCUCCAGGACGUGGGGCAGUCCGAGAAGCCCGGGGCGGCCUCCGCUGCGGUUCGGCUUCGCCCGCCCCGACCUCGGGCUCUGGUCCGCAUUCCCGAGCCGGGCUCCUUCCGUGAGGAGGCCCCGGAGCAGGCGGGCCAAGGCGGAGGAUGCUGCGGGCCCGGAGCCGAGAGGAAGGUGCUGGCUCGGUCCUCUAAGCGCGCCUCGAGGUGUGCCGAGAGGCCCUUCUUCGAUUCCGAAGCCGUCUGCCGGUCCAAGGCGUCCAGAGCAGGGGAGAACAGCUGCCGCCGCCCCGACCCGGCCCAGAGCCUCGGCCCGACACCAUGUCCUCCGCCAGGUUCGACUCCUCAGACCGCUCCUCCUGGUACAUGGGGCCGGUGACUCGCCAGGAGGCGCAGAGCCGGCUCCAGGGCCAGCGCCACGGCAUGUUCCUCGUCCGCGACUCCUCCACCUGCCCCGGGGACUAUGUGCUGUCGGUGUCCGAGAACUCGCGAGUCUCCCACUACAUCAUCAACUCACUGCCCAACCGGCGUUUCAAGAUCGGGGACCAGGAGUUUGACCACUUGCCGGCCCUGCUGGAGUUCUACAAGAUUCACUACCUGGACACCACCACCCUCAUCGAGCCUGCGCCCAGGUAUCCAAGCCCACCCAUGGGAUCUGUAUCAGCACCUAACCUGCCUACAGCAGAAGAAAAUGUGGAAUAUGUACGGACUCUCUAUGAUUUUCCUGGGAAUGAUGCUGAAGACCUGCCCUUUAAAAAAGGUGAGAUCCUGGUGAUAAUAGAGAAGCCUGAAGAACAGUGGUGGAGUGCCCGGAACAAGGAUGGCCGGAUCGGGAUGAUUCCCGUCCCUUAUGUUGAAAAGCUCGUGAGAUCCUCACCACAUGGAAAGCAUGGAAAUAGAAAUUCCAACAGUUAUGGGAUCCCAGAACCUGCUCAUGCAUAUGCUCAACCUCAGACCACAACUCCUCUACCUGCAGUUUCCAGUACUCCUGGGGCAGCAAUCAACCCAUUGCCAUCCACACAGAAUGGACCUGUCUUUGCAAAAGCAAUCCAGAAAAGAGUUCCCUGUGCUUAUGACAAGACUGCCUUGGCAUUAGAGGUUGGUGAUAUUGUGAAAGUCACAAGGAUGAACAUAAAUGGCCAGUGGGAAGGUGAAGUGAAUGGGCGCAAAGGGCUUUUUCCUUUUACACACGUCAAAAUCUUUGACCCUCAAAACCCAGAUGAAAAUGAGUGAUUGCCAUUGGCCCUGUUUUCUACUGCUUCAUUAUUCUGUCAUAGUCUCCUUUGAGAGAGAUCAUUCUAUUUCAUUGGCAUUGCCGAAGUCCAGCUUUCUGUAGACUGGUGGUCUCAUACAUGUUUGGAAUGCACACAGUGGCUGCCUCGGCAUUUGUAUCAUAGUUGUAUUGUCAAAGAGUAGCCGAUUUUAGAGUUUUUUGGAUCAUAAACUGGAAAUACUGGUAGAAGCACACAAGUGGAGAGAAGUUGACGAGGGAAGGGUCCUUCUCAUCACUGCCCUGUUGUACUUGUGACUGGUUCUAUCAUGUUCAUCAGAGAAAGCUUGAGGCCAUGGCAAGACAUUGCCCAUCACUGUUCUACAAAGCAGCGGCUCAGUUGCUAACUUGUUUUUUCUUUAAAGAGCAGAGCAAGUGAACCUUAAAGAAGAGGAAAUUCUGUCCUAAACUCCCCAGAUCUGGCUCUUCUCUUUUUUUCUUGUGGUUUGAUUUUGGAAGACUUAAUUAAUUAGACUUGUGUGUUCUGAACAGGUUUUUAAUAGCACGUUGGAUUUUUGUGAUAUCACAAGGAAUGAGCUUCUAAACUGAAGCUACUGUAACUAAGGAAAUGGAAAUAACAAACCUGAAAUGGAGGCCUGUAUUGUCUUGGUUGGCAGUAGUUAUCCUUUAGCCAUAUAGCAAACAACACCAAAAAUAUCAGCAGUUGUGGUGUGCCAAGCCGUGUGGGCAACUUCUUGGAUUAUAUUGUCCCCAGCAGCAACAAUAUGGAGGGUGGUUUGGGGAAACUUUUGCCCACCUUGUUUGCCAAUGACAGAAGCAUAUGUGGAGGGGGGCUCUUGGCCAGUUUUCUGUCCUGUGGUUCAGUGAAUAAAUCCUUAAGGUAUAGGAUUUAAGUUUCAUUAAAAAGUGGGGUUGUUCAUAGAAUCAUCUAAUUCAUUAGUGAAUCUUUAAAUUCUCUCUGAAGCCUAGUCCUCCCUGCCACAGCCUGGACUCACCAGGCUGCAAGAGAAAGAUAGUGCUGCUCAUACUGGUUCCACUGUCUGUGUGCCCGUGAUGCUCUCAAGCAAAGAAAAUGCAGUCUGGAAAUUGCUUAAUACAUUUGGUGUCUAAUGUUUUAUUGACUAGGGAGAACCAUUAACUAAUUUUACCAUUAAUCAUUUACCAGGUGUGGGUUUUUUUUUAAUAUGUUUUAUUGAUUUUCAGAGAGAGGACGGAUGAGGGAUAGAGAGAUCAAUGAGAGAAAUAUCAUCGAUUGGCUGCUUCCUGCACACCUCUACUGGGGAUAGAGCCACAACCCGGGCAUGUGCCCUGACCGAGAAUGAAACCAGUGACCUCUUGCUUCAUGGGUUGAUGCUCAACCACUGGACAACACCAGCUGGGCCAUUUACGAGUUUGGUGUUAAAGUUUCCCUGUUACCUGAAAGAGGCCUGUUCAUGCAAGCCAACUGGUACAAACGGCUAUAGCAAGCUAGAAUGCUGGACCUUUUUUGCAGUUCAGUCUGCUCUCCCUUCUAAACACUGGUGAAGACAGGCCUCAGCUCAGAAUGAACAUAGCAGACGUAGAGAUGUAGCAGCAACCUGAUGAGCAAUUCUGUAUCAUUUAAAUUUUUCUUUAAAUCAGUUUUCUAUCAGACAGGUAACACCAUAUUAUUAAAGAAUGUUGAUAGUGUUCCUGUGUGAAAAAAAUCAAUGGUCAUUUGGGGGGGAAAUAACACUGUGGCUGCCUGUCUAUAGUUAUCCUGAAAGAGACAACAAUCAUCUCUUCCUAACCAAGUGGAGACUGUGGCUCUGAAGGUACCCGUCAUUGUAGGUGCCUCUUGACAAUAGUUGGCUCAGAACACAAGAAAUACUAGUCUUUUUGGAGAGCAGUUUCCUUUCAGCCAUGUCUGCUGACCACAUCAUGUAGAGCACUUCAGAAUCAGAACACUCACAACCUAGAUUUCACUUCCUAGUAAGUCUCUCAUCACUUCAGCCCACAUACUUGUCUCCAGGACUGCGCUGGAGGUUUGGAGCCUCAAAUUAGGUGAGCCUUGAGUCCUGAGCUCUCAAGAUAGUGCCAAAAGUAGCAUCUUUUUUACUUAGAACCUUACUAGUUUUUUAAUCAGGCAGGGAAAUUCUUUUUCACACUAAACAUACA